CUUUUACUGUUUACACCACGACGAUAGUAGUGAUGUAUUCUCCUCCUCCUCAUUCUGAGCAGCUCAUAGUGUCUUUUCCUGACGAGCAUGUCAUGCUCCUGACGCUAAACCGGCCUAAAUCUCGUAAUGCGAUGACCCCGCAAAUGCAGAGGGACUUGGAGACUGUACUUGACUGGUUCAGCGAGGAGUCUGGGCUCUGGGUUGCUAUAGUGACUGGCGCAGGCAAGCUUUUCUGUGCUGGAGCAGACCUCGUUGAGUGGAAUAAAGAUCAGCAAAGUGGUAAAAUUGAAGAACAAGAGCGAUUGACCGCCAAUCGCAAUGGAUUUGGCUCAAUCUCCCGCCGUCAACUCAUCAAACCUUUGAUAGCUGCAGUUAACGGUGGAGCCCACGGUGGCGGAACUGAAAUUGUCUUAAACUGUGACCUUGUCGUGGCAGGCGAAGAUGCCAAGUUUGCACUCCCGGAGGUUAAGCGAGGAGUAGUUGCUGGUGCAGGAGGAAUUCCCCGUCUUUUUCAAAUUGCGGGCCACCAUAUUGCAGCCGAGAUGCUUCUGACUGGGAAGACUGUCAGUGCAAGUGAGGCACACAAACGGUUCGGAUUUGUCAACAAAGUAGUGCCUUCAUCAGAAGUCGUACUAGAAGCUAUUCGCGUUGCCCAGUCCAUUGUUGCCAAUUCACCGGAUGCAGUCCAAUGCACAAAGCAUGCGCUUCUCUUGUCACAGAAGUAUAAUCCAGAGGAGGCGUUUCUGAAAUCAACGUUCAGUGCAGAAAGCAAUAGGGUAUACAAAGGCGGAAAUAUCAAAGAGGGUCUCAAGGCAUUUAUUGAAAAACGUUCGCCGGCAUGGAAAAACCCGUCGAAGUUGUAGGUGCUGUUGGUGCACUCCCCACAAUACGUCAAAGAUUUUCAGGCUAUCCGCCGUAGUCUGCCUAUCGGCCAGGAGGCAGAAGGAGGCAGAUAGACUGUACGUCGUUCUUCCUGUCACCUCGAGUUGUAUUGUGCAUACAGAUUUCCAUAUUGUUGAUCAGUCGAUCUCACUACUCUAAUAUAAUAUUUUGAUCUAGAUAGAUGAAUUUUAACGCUCUGUUAAAGGGUUCCAAAUGGCAAAGAUGUACCCAGACAGAGAACAGUCCGAUAGGGCUUAAU